AUGGGUUGCAAAGCAAGUGUUUGCACUGAUCCAAAUGAACUAUUACUUUCACAGCAUCUCCAAGACAAAGACACAGACCUCUCAAGCCAUGUUUCUCAAAAAUCAACUUAUUAUUCUCUUAAUACACUUAUUCGUAGAAGAGAUGAAAUAGAUCUGUCAAUCAAACCUCAAGAAAAAAUCAGAACAGCCGUCCAAAUGGUUUUUCAAAAUUCAAAGCAUCAAGCUGAUCUUAUGGAAAUUCUUGAAAUGUGGUUUAAUGAAGUUUACACUAUCUUAGAUGAUUCAGUCUUCUGUAAGCAAGACCUGAAAAGCUAUUUAUGUGUAGAUUCUACAGGCUCAAAUAUGAUAUGGUCGUUUUCUUCGGAUUAUUCAAUAGUAAUAUGUUUUUAA